UCUGCAGGAUUGUAGCUAAACAGAAGCAAAGUUGGAGACAUCUCACUUAAGGUAAAACAGUUUUAAGUGGGGUGCCUGCGUGAUUAAAUCUCAGGGUUCUCAAGGGUGCAAAACCCCAGCACCUAAACUCAAAUGGCGAGACUGUGUCGUCGGCGCAUCAAAAAGGUUGUACCUUUUUAUAUGACAUUGAUACUCCUAAUGUGUGCUUUAACAGUCAUAUUUUCAAGAGUGAAUGAAGACGACUGUUGCCUUAAUACCUUCGGGGCAACAGGAUUGUUUGACAGACAACGAUUGACAGUAAAAUAUGGCAUCAGUUGUUCUGCAAUAUAUGAGAUGGAACCAGUGGAAGUGGCAAAAUCUGAAUUCAUUCGUAAAAACAAAAGCUAUGUGGGGCCAACUGACAUGAAUAUUGUGAAUGUCACCUCUGAUUGUGAUCGAUUUAUAGCAACAAAGGGUUAUGGUGCAGUACAAGGCUCUGAGUCUGAGCGUGAAUUUCCUCUUGCUUACUCUUUGGUCGUUCACAAGAAUGCUGAUCUUGUGGAGAGGAUGCUAAGGGCCAUUUAUAUGCCACAUAAUGUUUACUGUAUACAUUGUGACCUGAAGUCUUCAGAUGACUUUAUUUCAGCGAUGCAAGGUCUGGCCCGCUGCAUCCCUAACGUCUUUAUUGCCUCAAAACUGGAGAGGGUGCAGUAUGCGAGCAUCUCACGUCUCAAAGCAGAUCUUAAUUGUCUGUCUGAUCUCCUGGAGUCUGAGGUGAAGUGGAAGUAUGUCAUCAAUCUGUGUGGUCAGGACUUUCCACUGCGGACGAAUGCUGAACUGGUGUCAGAUCUUAAGAAGCUGAAUGGCACGAACAUGGUGGAGAGCAAGCGACCAGGAAUGAAGAAAGUGCGUUGGAGUUUCCACUAUGCCCUGAAAAAUAACAAAUCUGAUUACAAUUCAUUUCCUAUGAUAACACCUGAGGAGAAACCUCCGCCACCUCAUAACAUCGAAAUGUUUGUGGGCAGUGCAUACUUUACACUCUCACGGAAAUUUGCGCUUUAUGUUCAUUGGAGUUCUCUAGCCACAGAUUUCUUGGCUUGGUCUGAGGACACAUACUCACCUGAUGAACAUUUUUGGGGAACUCUUGUUCGUGUGCCUGGAGUGCCAGGAGAGGUGCCAAGAUCUGACCCUGAUAUCUCAGAACUGACAAGUAAAACCCGUCUGGUGAAGUGGGAAUAUUUAGAAGGGAGUCUUUACCCAGCAUGCACUGGGGAGCAUAUACGGGCUGUGUGUAUUUUUGGUGCUGCUGAGCUCAGAUGGCUUCUUGACUAUGGUCACUGGUUUGCUAAUAAAGUGGACCCAAAAGUGGAUCCUAUUCUUAUUGAAUGUUUAGAAGAGAAGCUUUUAGAAAAACAACUGAUGUCUUUAUGAUGAUAGCUGCAUUCUUCUAUAAUUGAAAAGUACUGCUACUUGUAAGAGGUAACUAAGUUAAGAUUUUUUGCAGUUUCUUGUAAAUAAUAAAGUUGUAAACUGUAAUUUCGGCGACAG